UACGUCGUUAGUCUGUCUGUUUACAAAGUUUACAUGUUUGUUUUCAGUUUCUCUUUUUCAAUUCUUCUUGAUUGAUAUGAUAUUAAAAUGCUGCGAAUUUAAAAUAAGUUAAACCUACCAUUCAAUCUAGCAAAUCUGUCUAGAAUUUUUUGUGAAGGUUUCUCAAAAAUCUUAACAAAAUGAGUGUUUGGACCAACAAUUUGUCUAUAAUGCAGGACUUGUCGAAAGCGCAAGGGCGCCUGGUCCCUGUGGAUAUGAAUUCCAGGGUUGGGGUAGCGGUUGGUGCCAAUGAGAAGCCCCCACAAAUAAUCACUGAAGAGACAGAAGAAGAGUUUUACAAAAAGUUUGCCUGUGGUGAUGUAGACUACAGUGCUGCCCCGGACUAUGGUCUCAUUCAGAAAAUGAUUGAAAUGGUCAGGGAAGGUGACGACGAUUCCUCAGACUGCAGCAUUAGUGAUACAAUACAAAUCACUAAAAUGAAUGCUCCAACUGAUUGCACAAAAACAAAGAUAAACAAAGCCAAAAAAUCCCAUAAAGGUAAACAAAUGCAGGCCGAAUUCAAACUGAAUGAAGCUAAAGACAAGAAUAUUGAAGCUACAACUGAAUUUGGAGGCGGUGAUGCUCCUGUUCAGAAAAAAAGACAAAGAAAUGUCGCUAUGACAUCACUCCUUGCCGCUUGGGAAACUAAACAAAAUAACGACGAUAAUAUUGAGCCGAUAAAACUAUUGAAACCAACAGAUUUCAUAUCCACGAAAGCUGUUACGGAAUCUGUCAGAAAAGUAGACGAAUGGUUCACUAACAAAGAGAACUCUGUUCGGACCAAUGCGAAUAAGCAUCCCAGUUUAUCGCCUGCUUCCAUGUUUAAAAAAAAAAGUGUACCUGAAAAACCUGUGAAUGAAUUGAAAAUUAAGGAGAAUAAAUCGCCGAAUUCACCAUCGGAAAACACUGGCUCUUAUAAACCAUCGUCAAUGGCAGAUGAGUAUUAUAAAAAAUAUUUGAAAAAGUCACAAUUGAAAGAUUCUCUGAACGAGGAUAUUUGGCAGAAGGCGGAGAGGCUCAUGAAAGAGGCAGAUGCGAAGAGAGCUGCCGAAGCCGCCCGAAAGAAGCGAGAAGAAACUCCCAAAUGUAUAAUAAACGAAGUUCUACAAGAAGUUAUGAACAAUAUAGAAACUACAUCGCCCGAAGAUGGAACAAGUUCAAAAUUGGACAUAGUUUCCCUGACAGAGCCUCGCCACUCCGAUACUGAAAACGAAGACUGCAUUGUUUGUACUGUAGUGCGUAAACAUGGAUUCAAAAUAUGUGAAUGAUAACGAUAUCCUUGCUUGCCGUCGCGAAAGAUGAUAUAUGCAUAAAAGAUAUGAGAGAUUUGUAAAACUUUUCCUAAAAUGUACAGAAAGGUCGCGCGCGCAUUUGAUUCGACUUUUGAAAACCGAAAAGAAGACAUUAUUAUGUAAAGAAGACAUUAUAAUGUAGGUUUUGUAUUUCCAAUUAUUUUGUUUAUCGUAAGAUACCUUGCUAAUUGCAUUUUAUAUUCUUUAGAAAUUUCAGACUUUGAAUUUUGUGUGGUGUGCGUACACGCAGCGUUAUGAAACAUUGCAAAAUUUUCUCAAUCUAGCCGUUUUUUUUUCUGACGGUAAAAAACAGAAAAUGCUUUGAAAUUAAUCUUCCAUAACACACUGUAAUAAAAAUAAAUAAUAAUGGAAAAGUGAGAACGAAAAUGGAGUGAUAAUCUCUGUGAUAGAUGAAGAUUUAUGUUAUUUUUUUUGAUAGAUUUAAUUGAUAGAGUAUAAGUCUUGUAUGUUUCUUAAGCAAUACAUACAUACAUAUAAUCACGCCUAUAACCCUUGCGGGGUAGACAGAGCCAGACAGUCUUGAAAAACUGAAAGGCCACGUUCAGCUGUUUGGCUUAAUGAUAUAAUUGAGAUUCAGCUUAAGCAAUAUUCCCAUAAAAUGUUUCUCUUGAUUUUAAUGUGUCAUUAUUGAGCUUCAAAAGCGCACCUCGGGCUCUCCCAAGAGUUGAAGUAACCGGGACUAACGCCAGGAGGAAGAAGAUUGAGGUUCCAUUGGUGUUAAAGAAGAUUUCACGACAAUUUUCUCAUCCCGCGGGAAUAAAAAAGGAAUUUGAUGAGACCGACAAAGAAUGAUAAGCGUUCAUGUACCUAUAUCAGAUACAUAUCACGUCACGAGGGAAACAGAGCCAAUAGUCGCAAGAUUCAGAAGUAAUGUUGUAAAAAUGAGCGCUUUGAGUCGAGCGUUGAGCGUCGAGUCAACGCUUUUGAGCGCUAAAGACUCGAGCUUCAAACGCUCGAGUCUUCAACGCUCGCUUCAGUUAUACACACAUAGUUGAAAAAGAACAUUUUCAGAAAUUGAUAUCUGCUUUAAAUGGAAAUUAUAUCCUACCGUCUUGUUACGCAUUAACUAAAGGUACCUCUCCUGAGAGGUGAGGUUGUAAAAUAAGCUCGAGGUCAAACAUGCAACAUUAUUUUAGAAAUUCCCACGAGAGAGAAUCCCCAGGUAAAAGCUAGUAACAAUAUAAGAUUUUAAUUGUCUGUAUUUAAAAAUCACAUUAAUUUUAUUUGAUGGCAUUAUUCAGCACAUAAAUGUGAAUGAUAAAGCAAUAUUCAGAUUUCUAUAUCAUUAUGUUAUGUUUAAGGCAAAAUUUGAAGUAAAAUUAAUAAAGUUACGUUUGAUAA